CAUCAAUAUGUAUCAUGUUUGAAAGACUCUGCAAAGAUAUUCUACAAACGUAUAAUCCUGCUUCUAUACAACAUUGCUGAGUUACAGUAAAAUAUUUCCUCUGAGAGAGAAAGCAUUUCUUUACUUCUGUGUCUGAAAUGUGCAAGAGAUAAUUUUCUCUUUUAAAUAUACUUUGAUGGAUUGCCAAAGAGUAUUUGCAACAUUUUUAGAUAUUGGCAUUGAUCACAUUUAGAACAAAUAUAAAAGAAGUGAUAUUUGUUUGGAAUAAACUAUAAAAGCAAAAAGAUGCAAAAUAUCCAUAUAUUUUGGUGAGAGAAGAAAUAUUAUUGAAAAGUUGUUGAUCUGUACAACUUGAAGGAUUGAUUUUAUUUGUUCUUGAAGAGGUGUCUGAAGAAUUUUGAAAAUCAUCAUAUGACUGUGACACAUACAAAAUGUCAUUUUUAGAAAAACGUAAAUCCAUUAAACAUCAAGAAAUUCAUACAAGUCAAGAACCAUAUCGCUGUGAUAUCUGUGGUAAAUCAUUCUCUGAUGGCAGUACCCUAAUUAAACACAAACGUAUUCAUACAGGUGAGAAACCACACCACUGUAAUAUCUGUUGUAAAUCAUUCUAUAAAAGGAGUGACUUAACUAACCACAAACGUAUUCAUACAGGUGAGAGACCAUAUCACUGUAAUAUCUGUGGUAAAUCAUUCUCUCAAAGUAGUAACUUAACUCAACACACACGUACUCAUACUGGGGAGAAGCCAUAUCAUGGUAAAUCAUUCUCUGGAAAUUGCAUCCUAACCACUCACAAACGUAUUCAUACAGGAGAGAAACUAUAUCAUUGUGAUAUUUGUGGUAAAUCAUUCUCUGUUAGCAAUAGCUUAAACAAACACAAGCGUAUCCAUACAGGGGAGAAACCAUAUCCCUGUGAUAUCUGUGGCAAAUCUUUCUCUGAAAGCAGCAGCUUAACUAACCACAAACGUAUUCAUACAGGGGAGAAACCAUAUCACUGUGAUAUCUGUGGUAAAUCAUUCUCUGAUGGCAGUACCCUAAUUAAACACAAACGUAUUCAUACAGGGGACAAACAAUAUCACUGUGAUAUCUGUGGUAAAUCAUUCUCUGGAAAUAGCAUCCUAACCACUCACAAACGUAUUCAUACAGGAGAGAAACCAUAUCAUUGUGAUAUUUGUGGUAAAUCAUUCUCUGUUAGCAGUAGCUUAUCCAGACACAAGCGUAUCCAUACAGGGGAGAAACCAUAUCCCUGUGAUAUCUGUGGCAAAUCUUUCUCUGAAUGCAGCAGCUUAACUAAACACAAGCGUAUUCAUACAGGGGAGAAACCAUAUCGCUGUGAUAUCUGUGGUAAAUCAUUCUCUCGUGCUCAUAGCUUAGGUAUUCACAAGCGUAUUCAUACCGGGGAGAAACCAUAUCCCUGUGAUAUCUGUGGCAAAUCUUUCUCUAAAAGCAGCAGCUUAACUAAACACAAGCGUAUUCAUACAGGGGAGAAACCAUAUCACUGUGAUAUCUGUGGUAAAUCAUUCUCUGAUUGCAGUAGCUUACCUUACCACAAACGUAUUCAUACAGGGGAGAAACCAUACCACUGUGAUAUCUGUGGUAAAUCAUUCUCUGAUUGCAGUAGCUUACCUUACCACAAACGUAUUCAUACAGGGGAGAAACCAUACCACUGUGAUAUCUGUGGUAAAUCAUUCUCUGAUUGCAGUAGCUUACCUUACCACAAACGUAUUCAUACAGGGGAGAAACCAUACCAC